AUGCGCCGACGCCGCCUCCCCUCCUCCGAGAAUGUGUGCCCCCCACUCCGCCUUUUACUUUUUGAGGGGAAUGGGGCGCUGGGAGGCAUGCAGAAAGGGGUGUGUGCCUGUUUCCAGAGAGAAGGGGAUAUCUGCCCCCUGCCCAGCUGUGCAGGGGGGUGGGGGAGGUGGGACUUUUCCAGAGAGGGAGCCAGGCCUGGCCUGGGCCCCAGGAGCUCACGUCACUCCACCCCCCACCCUUCACUUCUCUAGGGAUAUGCCAAAGCCAAACCCAGCUCAGGACGGGAUUAUGUGUCCUGGGUAGACCCAUGGAGAGAGACAGCGAGAUACAAACCUCUGGUAACAGAAGCACAGACAGAGGGAGUACAGAGGGGACCUGGCAGCAGAGAAGGGCAGUGGGUGUAGUCUCUGACCUCAGUGGCUGGCCUAGCCAGGGGAAGGAGCUGCCAUCGGCCUAUCUCCCCCCUCCCAACCCUGAGCAGCAGAGGUGACCCUGCUUGACCACUCUGGUCUCUCCCUCAAAUUCGCAAGUCCUGGGGUCUUAGAGAGGGGAGUGGGUCUGGGUGUCUACCCCCAGGCACAUUCCUGCCCUCCUCUCUGUCAUUUUCCUGCCCUGAGCUGGCCCACCUCAGCACUGGCUCCUUGGACUCCUCUUUGGGUGCCUUUCAGCUCCAACAGAAACACACUUUUUUUUUCCUGGAAAGCAGAACUAGAAGCAAAAUGGUGGGCUGGGGAUGGGAAGGGCUCAAAGGAAGAAGGAGGGGGCUGGAGGGCAAGGAGGGGUGGGCAGAGUCAGGCUUUAAGGUGGGGAGGGUUCCAACCCCCACUUCCCCAACCCUCAAAGCUAGACUUCAGGGAGAACUUCCUGAAUCUUGA